AUGUCUUAUUCGUUUGGUAUGCGUGGCAUUGGUCAAAGUUUCGGCAUUAAACUUUGCUGCUGUCGCAUUUGUACCUGUGUAAAUUUUGGUUUUGUCACUUCACGUGUGGGACUUAUAAAAAUCCUACAACUAACCCUGGCUACUUUGUGCGAAGGGCUAUUGGUGCGCUAUGGAAUUCCAGCAGCAGAUACAAUUGGACAGGCUCUGACCAGCAUGCUUACAACGACCGCUUAUUGCUUCACCACUACAGCCAUACUAAUGAUAUGCUAUUGCUUCUCGGAGAAAUCUUCAAGUCUAAUUAGACAAUCACUCUUUGAAACACUUUUCAAUGCGGUUGCCUGUAGCAUGUACUUCAGCUCUUCCAGCUACAUGGGCUUUGCUUGUGUUGUGUGGUUGCAUCCGCAAUUUCUUGUGCGACCGGGUUUUUGGGCCUACCCAGCAAUGACAGCGGCAUAUUAUAUUGGCUAUGCCGCCGGUAUUUUACAUGCCAUUGAUGCAUUUUUAUCUUUUAGAUAUUACAGAGGAAGUCGUUAGCUCAAAAGUUUCG